AUGCCCCUAGCCUCAAACCUCUCAAGUGUAGCAAGGCCUGAUCAUUGUCGGUUGAUACCCCUUUGCGUUGAUGGGGUGCCACUGAGUAUCAGAAGCGCGAGCAUUUGCAAAGCUGAAGAAAGUAAGCCUGAAAUCUCAGAGAGCAUGAAAGCUGAGACCUUUUACUUGUUCAGGCGACCAUCUUCGGUCGUGAUCAGGCAUCGCCCAUCUACUUGCCGCUGUGUUCGGGCGUACCGACACCUGGGCUGCCCCAAAAUGAUGCACUGUUUUCAUUGCCUGAAAAACGCCGUCUCCUGGAUUCCAUCCGACCGCACUCGGAACGGGGCCUCGACUACUUGCUAUGGAUGCCGCUCGUCAGCGUGCGCGCUGCGAAUGCAUGAUGCUGCUGAAAAUAACGUUCCUUGCGAGAUCACUGGCAACUACACGUGCAAAAUGCUGUCCGACGCAGACGUUGAACUCCUUGGGAAGCUCCAGCUUAAUCAGAGCUGUAACUGGCGAAGCGACCUUGCCUACCAGACUGACUUCAUGGUUGCAAGACUGCGUAACGAAAUUCGUGAUGCAAUACUAAGACUCGAGCCGGAGUGUCUUGCAGAAUCCUCCUGUGCAACCCUUGAUGUCGAGACUACCACCGGUCAAAGCAUAGAGACUAAGCGCAAUCUCGACGUCGAGCAUCUCCGUGUUCAAAUCGAUAUAAGCAACUCGCUGCGUGGCCUGUUGGAGGUGCAGCAUCGUCGCCAAGCCUACCGUGAAGCCGCGGCAGGCAAUGCAAGUGCCCUAGCCCAAAUCGAUGCCGACAACUUUCCGCUCAUUCCUCCCCGCGUUGGCCCCAGCACCUGGUCUCGAAGCAUUGGUAUCACUCAUCUCGUGGACUCGGAAGAUGAUGAGGAGCCCAACAACAACAACCCGGAGACGUCAAAGGCAGCUGGCAAGAAGCGAGCUGCUCCUGAUGGCCAUGGGAAGGCUGCGACUGGAGGGAAGAAGCCGAAGACCAAGUAG